AUGUCAGGUAAUCAGAUAUACUCUGCCAAAUAUUCCGGGGUGGAUGUGUAUGAAUUCAUACAUCCGACUGGAUCGGUAAUGAAAAGGAAAAAUGACGACUGGGUUAAUGCUACGCACAUAUUGAAGGCUGCUAAGUUUGCCAAGGCCAAAAGGACCAGGAUAUUGGAGAAGGAGGUAAUUAAAGAGGUCCAUGAAAAAGUUCAGGGUGGAUUCGGAAAAUAUCAAGGAACAUGGGUUCCCCUAAAUAUAGCUAGGAGACUUGCCGAGAAAUUUGAUGUACAUGAAGAAUUGGGUCCGCUAUUUGAUUUCACAAGAAAUGAUGGUUCUGCAUCGCCGCCACAAGCUCCAAAACAUCAUCAUGCCUCUAGGACGGACUCCACAAGGAAGAAAGCCAUGAAAAGCGCAAGUACUUCGGCAAUGACUGAUGCAAACAAAAGUAAUUCAUCAACCCCGACAAAUCUCACAUCAGGAAUAGAUAUCGCAAAUUCAGCGGUGCCCAGGAAAAGAGGAAGACCUGCAACAGGAGUGAAGGGUAAAAGGAAACUUGGUGGAACGCUGCGAAGAUCACAGAGUGAGCUAGCAUAUCCUCGCCCAAGUAUACCGAAUUCAUCAAUUGCCACAACACAAUUACCUUCAAUAAAAACAGGAAAUUUGGACUCUUUGGGUGAAGAUUUUGAUUCUGAAGAUUUUUCUGUGAAACAAAAAGGUAGAUUUCAAGAGUUAGAGAUUGAUGACGGAUUAUCGAGUGAUAUAGAGCAACAAGUUCAAGGACACUUGACGAAUGAUCAGCAAUCAGAUUUGAAUAAUAUUACCUAUCAAAACAAUAAGAAAAUAGGACAGCAUGGUUCAAUACAAUCAUCAAACUCCUCACCAUCAAUAACUUCAUCACCUAGUGAAUUAUCAGAAGCGAAUCCAUUUGACCAAAGGUUCGGAAGUGCUGGGACUUCUCCAAUAAUAUCAACAAUACCCAGGUAUUCAUUACAAUCAAGGCCACAAAGCUCUGAUAUUCAUGAUAAAGUGAAUUCUUAUUUAUCAAAACUGGUUGAUUACUUCAUUUCUAGUGAAGUAAGAUCAAAUAAGUCUGUACCUACGGAACUAUUGUUACCGCCGCCACAAAGUGCACCUUACAUUGAUGCACCAAUUGAUCCGGAAUUACAUACAGCUUUCCAUUGGGCUUGUGCUAUGGGCAAUUUGCCUAUAGCUGAAGCGUUAGUAAGAGCUGGAACUAAUAUACGAUCAACUAAUUCACAAGGACAAACAGCAUUGAUGAGAAGUUCAAUGUUUCAUAAUUCAUAUUCUGCAAGGACCUUUCCAAAAAUUUUUGAUUUUUUACGCGAUACAGUAUUUGAUGUUGAUUCGGAAAUGCAAACGGUUUUGCAUCAUAUUGUCAAAAGGAAAUCAUCAACGCCAUCCACGGUAUACUACUUAGACACGGUGCUAUCAAAAUUAAAAGAUUUUUCUCCGCAGUACAGGAUUGAGUUAUUAUUGAAUAGUCAAGAUCAAAAUGGUGAUACUGCAACGCAUAUCGCUGCUAAGAAUGGAGACAAAGUUUUUUUCAAUACCUUAAUCAACAAUGGGGCACUAAGUACAAUAACAAAUAGGGAACGAGUUACAGCGAAUGAAAUCAUGAAUGAACAGUAUGAACCAAUUUUUACAAGAAAUCAGUCACAAAUGAAUUCUAAUGGGAAUUUUUUACUGAAUAGUAACAAUAACAAUAGCAACAACCAUAAUAGUAAUAAUAUUAAUGGGAUUGGUAAACCUGGAUCACCAAAUAAUGGAUCAAUGACCCCAUUAACCACAACAACAGGAAUGUCGGAAUAUAUAAUGUUCGCAUCACAAGCAGCAACACGAAUAUCAAGAUAUAUACCUGAGAUGAUUUCAUCCUUGAGACAAUGCUCCGAAGGCUAUAACGAAUUAUAUCUUAAAAGGGAGAACGAAAUCAAGAUGUUGGAAAAGACCCUGCAUGACAUGAGUAAAACGAUUCAAUCGGUCAAGAUAAGAACGAUGGAAACUUUACAAGUUGAAAAUACGGACGACUGUAAUAAUAAGAUUAAACACGAAAAUGAAGAAACCAAUAAAUUGAAGCAACAGGUUUGUGCCGACAAAAUUGCAUUAAUGAAACUCUUACAGAAGCGGCAAUGGUUAAAUUUGAACCAUUUAAUGAAAGAAGAAGAGACAGAACAUGAUAAUUUUAAGAAUGACACUACUAAUAGUCUGGAGGAAAGGCUCAAAUUUGUUAUCGAAUUGAGUCUUUUACAAAUAGGACAAAAGAGUAAAUUAGACAGAAUAAUUCAAACCACUGAGGACAACACGAAGGUUCAUAAGUAUCGCAAAAUGAUAAGCGAGGGGACGGAGAUAAACCCAGAGGAAGUCGAUGAGUGUCUUGAUAUUAUUUUGGAGAGUUUAACCAAAUAA